CGCGCACACUGAACUUUGCGCAUCUGGUCGUCAUCAUCCGCAGCAGCAGCAGCUCUUCCUGCUCAGAUGUGACUCGAUCAGACUUGGAGCAGAACUUUCUCUUGUUGUCUUCAAACUUUCUCGGUUCCUGGGACCUUCUUCGGGGCUCCUCUCCUCUGACCUGCGCCGCCGGAUGGAUUGGUCGCUCUGGGUUUGAUCGGAUCUCGGUUCGGGCUCUGCGCGGCUCCCCUGGAUGUGAACAGCUCAGCAGAGACCAGUGCGGUACUUUGCGGGGACGCUGCUCGCUGUGAUCCUCCUCAGCGCUGCGUGUUUUUUCCGCUUCUCCUCCUUUUUGCGUCAUGACUUCCAGCUAUGCGCAUGUAAUGGACAGACAGGCAGCCAUCUCCAACCGGCUGGAGAGCCCCAUCACGGCCAACCUGGACACCCUGCAGGCCAAGAAGAACUUCUCUGUCAGCCACCUGCUGGACCUGGAGGAGGCCGGGGAGAUGGUCGGCACCCAGGCCGAUGAGGGCGUCGGUGAGGCCGGGAGGAGCAUGCUGGAGUCCCCGGGGCUCACCAGCGGGAGCGACACGACCCAGCAGGAGAACGAGCAGAUGAACACAGAGGAGAAGAAGAAGAGGAAGCAGCGGAGGAACAGGACCACCUUCAACAGCAGCCAGCUCCAGGCUCUAGAGAGAGUGUUUGAGAGGACGCACUACCCUGACGCCUUCGUCAGAGAGGACCUGGCCCGCCGGGUCAACCUCACCGAGGCCCGGGUCCAGGUUUGGUUUCAGAACAGAAGAGCCAAGUUUCGCAGGAAUGAGCGAGCCAUGCUGGCCAGCAAAAACGCCUCGCUGCUCAAGUCUUAUUCAGGGGAAGUAACGGCGGUGGAGCAGCCGAUCGUACCACGCCCUGCACCACGCCCAAAUGACUAUCUCUCCUGGGGAAGUGCUGCCCCCUACAGCGCCAUGGCGACCUACCCCCCCACCUGCUCCAACACCAACACGUCGCAGGGGAUGAACAUGGCCAACAGCAUCGCCAACCUGCGGCUCAAAGCCAAAGAGUACAGCCUGAACCAGGUGCCCACGGUCAACUGAGAGGAGGCGGGGAGCCUUUCAGCGGAAGGACCGUCGAUUGGCCACGCCCCCCCUGGAAGAGGGCGGGAUCUCUAACCUGAGGUGGCGUUGUUUCCUCCUCCUGUUCCUUUUUCAAAGACAUCCGGACCGGAAGCCGUUUCCAAAUAUCUGCUUUUUUGACUGAUUGUCCAAUCAGAGGCGGCGACUCUUCCCAGGACUGAGUGGAACCCCCUCCCCCAACCCCCCAUUAUCCUUUCUUAUUCCCCUUUUCAAAAACAUUGUGGAUGAAACCAACAGCCUCCUAAAGAACAGACUUUUCUGACAUUUACUCAGUAUCCUUAAUGUUUUUUUUUUCCACAUUUCCUUCCAUGUUAUACCACUGAGAAGCCGAUCCAGUGCAUUCUGACCUUCCUGUUAUAUAGUCCAGUAUAACGUUAAUGUAUUUCUGAAUCCAAACCAGUAGAUAAUGUCUUAUGAUAUACUUUAUUUGUAACAGAACCUUGUAUAUGAAUAAAAAAAGUGUUUGAAGCAACCAAAAAAAAGAGAGAGAAAUAGUUCCAGCUGGAGGAUUUGUCACAUUUGUGCAGCAGAAACAGGAUUUUCUUAGUGGUGCCCUCCGAACCUAAAUCACACUUCAGACCCUGUGAGAAAUAAAGUGUGUUUAUAGCUGGGACCAUUUGGAAAGCAAACCUGAUCGUGCAGCUCAUGCACGGCCCAUAAAGGAGAGAUUUAUGAGCAGAGAGCCCAGAAAAACUCCAGCUGCUCAUGCUUUCUCUCUCCCACUGUUUUCUUUCCCAAAUUAGAAAAGUCUGAAGUUUCCAUCUUUAAAAACAGAAUAUUUACUAGCAGGGAAGUCCUCUCCUUAGGACGAAGGGCCCUGGGGCCUCGUUCAGCUCCGCGGCUCGCCGUUUCUUCUUCACGACCCCUCGUAACCUUCAGCACAGACGAACAGAUGUCAGCGCUCGUCCUCCAGCUCCAGCAGCAGGAAGUUGGUCUGAAGGUGACCGUGGACUCAGCCAGCGCCAUUUGGGUCUUUUCUGGGAUCAGAAGAACUUCCAAUAAGGAGUCCUAAUUGUUUUCAAUUUUUAAAAAAACUUUUAAUGCCUUUUGGAGAAAAAAGCUUCAAUGUGUGAAACAUUGAGGAAGACUCCAGUCUGCUGAGCUUUUUUCAGGGAAAUCUUCCUCAGUUAAAGCUUUAAUCCAGAUUAAAAAAACAUUCAACAGCAGUUUGUGAUAAAAUGUUUAAAAGAUUAAAGUGAAAAACUGAAACAGAAAAUUAGAUUUAAAACAGAUGCAUGUGUUAUUUUUGUUAUUGCCAUUUUAGUUUUUAUUCAAACAGGAGCUCUUGACUUAUAUCUACAUUAAUUAGAACCUUCAGGAUGUUCUUUUGACCCGGCUGAAGGUUUAUGGUUCCUCUCUGUGUAUAAAUUAGACAAAGCAACAUAUUCUGGACAUUUUUCACUUGAGCAGCUUAAAGGUUUUGACCUUAAUCUGUAAUUUAAU